AUGAAGGCUUUUACCAGUUUGCUGAUUGCAGCCAUCGCGGCUUCUGCAUCGGCAGUGUACUAUCCACCGCUGGCUCCAACGGGUGUUGAGGAGUCACAUUUCGCUUUCCAGCUGAAGAGUUUCCGACAAGCGUUGGACGAGUGUGCAGAGUACCUACAGGUCGCGCCAGAAUCCGUGGAGAACCUUGUGGCCUACAACUACGUCACUGAAGAUCCCAGUUUGAAGUGUUUGGUUCGAUGUGCCGGAAUUAACGCAGGAUGGUGGAGUGUUGGAGGAAACAAUUCUGGACUCCAUCCACCUGUAGUGGAGAGCUACUUCGCACCAGCUUGUGAUGAUACUUGUUAUGAAAGACGUACCCGAGAAUGCCUCAGUGCCAAUGUACCCCAAUGCCAUGACGAUUGCACCAAGGCAUACCAAUCAUUCUUGUGCUACUACCAUCAAUACGGUAACCUGAAGAGCUCCGAAGAGUAUGUUCCACUCCCAGAGUUGGAUUCCAUCCAAGCUGCUGUCGAUUGUCUUCUGAUUCUGCGCACACCAAAGGAAUUGCUCGAGAAGUAUGUCCAAGGUGUCGUCCCAGAUGUUCCUGAAACCCAGUGUGUAUACCGUUGCCAGUAUCUUGCUGAAGGUCUUUACGAUGGAGUAGCAUUCAACUUAUCUCGGGUAUACGUUCGUGAGUUUGGCGUUCCUUCGCCCCAGCUCAAGGAGCCAUCUACCCAGGUGUGUGUGGACAAAGCCCUCGCUGCACCGAACUGCAAUGAAUGCGCUCGUUUCUGGGCGGGACAUUCCUGCGUCGCUAAGUACGGUGUACCAAAUCAUACCGGCAAUGUUUUGAAAGUGGCCGCUGGACUUGUACUUGCUCAGCGAACGUGCAACGAUGAAGAUUUGAACCCACGUUACAAUGCAGCAGUUCCGCCGCCGGCUCCAGCACCAGCUCCAGCACCAUCUCCGGCCCCGACAAGUGCUCCACCACGUCCACACCAUCCGGCUCCGUCUGCUUGUGUCUAUAACUGUGGAUCAUGA